CGAAGAAGAUCAGUUUUCGUCCUCGUAUAUGCAAUUCGCUUUCUCUCUAUCUCUCUGCAUCCAUUUCAAUCAUCUCUUUCUCUAAAUCGUCGUUAGAUAUUUUCCUGAUUCGAUUUAGGGUUUUUGGACCAGACUUAUGAUGAUGUCAGCAGAUAUGGUGAAUGGUUCAAUUGGUAGCGCUUCGAUUCCAAUGGCCGCCUCAAAUCCUAAGGAUUUAGCCAAGAAGAAGAGGGUAAACAAGUCUGCCAAAUUAAAGCAGUGUAAGCUGGAAGCACGUCGUGAGCAGUGGCUGUCUAAAGUGAGAAACAAGGGAACGAAGGAAGAAACUCGUGGUGGGCAUGAAGGGUUCAAUCCUCCGGCCAUGAAUAUGCAGAAGGAGAGUGACCAGCCAUUAGAGAAAUUUGAUUUAAAGCGUACAGUUGAAGGGGAAGAGAGGUCCAUCCAUCAUUAUUAUGAGAUGGAUUCUCCUUCCGGUAGCCCCACCAGUCUCAGCAGUUGUAUGUUAGGAAGUAAUGUGUCGGGUACGAAUUUCACGAGCAGCAGUGGAAGCAGCAGAAGCAGCAGCAGUGGAAGUUGUGCAGGGAGCAUAAAUGGGGAAGAUGAAGAACAAGAUGACGAUUGCUUGGAUGAUUGGGAGGCAGUUGCUGAUGCCUUGGCUGCUACAGAUGUCAAGCAGGAGCUGCAGAGUUCUUCUGCUCCAUUGUUAACUCAGGAACCCAUUGUUAAGCCAGAAGAAAAGCCAGAGAUUGUGGAAACUGUGCAGCAGGCUCCAACUAACAACGGUCGGGCAUGGAAACCUGAUGAUACUUAUCGUCCACAGAGUCUUCCUUCCCUGUCAAAGCAGCUUAGCCUUCCUUUGAAUUCAUUUCGGAAACACAAUCGCCAUGUUCAUUCUGCACCAUCGCCAUGCCCUAUAUGCUGCGAAGACUUGGACUUCACAGAUUCAAGCUUUCUCCCUUGUUCAUGUGGGUUCAGACUUUGCCUGUUCUGCCACAAGAGAAUUCUCGAGGAGGAUGGACGUUGUCCAGGCUGUAGAAAGAAAUACAACCAUGAAUGUUGUGUUGAGGGGGAGAAUAGCAAAGAAGGAGGAAGCUCUAAAAAUCGCUUGGCUCGUACACGUAGCAUGUUUACAAGGAGGUGUUAGGAUGAGUUUCUUGUUUGUUUUUUGCACAUCUCUUGUAUUUUGUUAUACACAGACUCUGAUAAUGUUAGUCUCCUAAUGAAGCGAACGGUAUAGAGAUGUGUUUUCUGGGAAGCGCAUUGAUUUAGCUCGUAUUCCAAUAAGUUUGAUCCGACAUCAUUGUGGCGCAUGCUGCUGUGUAAAAGGACAGUAGUAUGUGAAUAGAGAUAUAGUUGUAUUGAAACUGAAUAUUACAUCAAUAUUUUCAUAUUGUCUGUUGCUGUGAUUAUCUUUCUGUCCUAUAAAUAAAUAUAUAUGGCUUGCAUGCAA